AUGCAUUUCUAUGAUGCCUGUGUCUUACUUUUUACAGCAUCAACUGCCUGGUCAACCACGGGGACAGAGUACAAUGCCAAUUUCCUCGACAUCGUCCCAGGACGCUUUCGACUGAGUUUCCGCACACGAACACAGACCUUCGUAGCGUUUGCCGUGACCGCCUGGAAGUUGUAUCUAACGGUCACAAACGGUGUUCCCCAACUGGAGGUGAAUCCAGUCAAACUUCGAUUGGCUAAAGUCAAUGUAUCCGACGGAAAUUGGCACUUGUUCGAUAUCGGUAUCACGCAAAACUUUCUGCAGAUGCAAGUGGAUGAACUAGACGGUGAUUUCUAUGCAGUUACCAGAGUUCCAGACGUGACCUUAAAAAGUGGUCUGGCAGAAAUUGUGAUAGCAAAAGACGCCACCGGAACUUGUUUGGAUGAUGCAUGGAUUGAUUUUGUGGAUAGAUGGCCUGAUUACGAAAAAGACUAUCCACUGAUGGUCAUUUCCAAUCCCAGGUACACGCGGCACAUUCAGUGGAGCACUAAAGGUCGCCAACAGUCUUGCGAUGCUGGAACAAGUCCGUGUAAGGCGAGCAACCCAUGCGACGCCACGGCCACGUGUAUAGAUGAGUGGCGCGGUUUUCGAUGCGAGUAA